AUGGCGUAUCUAGGUGCCGUGUGCACCAGAAUUCUCUUUCUCAUCAUCCUGACAAACUUUCUUGCGAUCACGGUCGCGAGCUUGACCAGGGAAUCGAGGGAAAUACACGAUCACGACAAUGAUGACGACUACGUGGAAAUUGGAAAUUAUCUUUUGGAGGUUGAGCUGGCAGGCAUGAGAGAGGAAUUCGAUUUUUUGAACAACCCGGAACAGAAUUGUCAACAUGACUUCACAUCUGACGUCUUUUCUACUCUCGAUAUCGACGUUGCCGACGGACUCGAUGACGCCGCGUUUCUCCGUGCUAGUCCCUUAUUCCUCUUCGGAGCGUACGAGAUGGUGGCGGUUUGCCAGGCCGGUCAUGGCGGCACAGAUCUCACUGAAAAUGUGGUGAUGGCGUCACUCAAGAUGGCGGCACCUGAUUCGUCUAACUUGACCUUGACUGAGAAUGACCUCGAAGUAAUCCUGGAAUCGAUCCAUGACAGCUAUGCUGAGUCAACGAACGCAAAUUGCUUUAGCGUUGAAUCUGUCUUCGACGAAACCGUGGAUGACCACGAAACAGGGGCUGACGAUGUCGAGCUCCAGUACGCGGCGCAGGCCGUGGUCGCCGGUCUGCUACAAGGGCAUUGCAUAGGAGAACCCACUCUGCCCUCGACCAAGGACUUCACCGAGGCAAUAUUCGAGACGUAUGCGACGUCGGGCGUCAUUCCGGAAGAUGGUGAGCAUAAGAGAAUACGACGAUCGUAG